AUGGUGUCGCUCCUUCGGGCUGGGGGCAGAGAGCACGUUUGCACUGGUGUUUUGGUGGGACCUCGACAUGUCGUUACGCCAGGUCACUGCGUUGACCCCCACAGCCCUUACAGUGCUGGGAAGCUACCCAUCGUGGCCAUUGGAGGGACAGGGUCCGAUGGUGAGGAGGCAGGCUCUGAGGUUCUUGUGGCCAGCAACUCUGUGAUUCAUCCCGAGUGGGAAUCUUCCAAAAAGGACCAGAGGUCACCAUACAACGUCGCCAUUCUGACCCUGCCACGCCCCUCCCAGGCCGCUCACCCCCACAUGCUGUUCGACCACUUCAACCUGCGCAGCGGCCAAAAGAUAGUGGCCCUGGGAUGGGGGUCUGGUCCUGGUGGGCCGCAGCUGGGGCAGGAGAUUUUUGGAUCACUGAAGAUGGAGGCACAUGAGUUCAUUGAGGGCCAGCACUGCAACAGAUCCACGCUGUGGAACGGCGAGCUGCAAGAAGGGACUUGCUGUGGCUUGAACAACGACAGGAGUGCCUCGUGCAUGGUGGAUUCUGGCUCACCGCUCGUCCUCCUAGACUCUCCUGGCUACGACAUCAUGACUGGCACGCCCUCAUUGGAUUUCGUCACUGCCCUCAACACAGACGGGGCGCCUUGUGGCAUGGCCGCCAAACCUGACAUAUUCGUGCCCUUUUCACACCACAGACAGUGGAUCGUGGAAGUCAUGGGGCUGGCUGACUAG